ACGAACUAAAGGAGAACUCAAAGGAUUUGACUUAAUUUCAACACGAUCAAAUCGGAAGCCUGAAAAUCGCGAUGUUAGUUCUGCUGUUAAAUUCAAUAUAGAUGAAAAUCAAACAAUGUCAAAUUCUUGUAAUGAAUUAAAUGCCGAAUUUGAUUUUAAAGAUUGGAGCUUUAAGUGCAACAACUUCCUAACACAACUUGUUUAUGACACAAAAAAUAUCUUAAGUACAUCAGCAAAUGUAAAAACAAAAGAUAAAUAUGUAAGGAAAAUAGCUAAUGACCAUGAUAAGAAUAUAUAUAAGCAUAAAUCAGAAUGCGAAAACAGGGCAAACUCAAAAAGCUCAACUGAAGAAGAUAAACCAUUAAAUGAAUUAUGUCAAAAAAAAACCGAAAACCCAACUACUUCUUCAACCAAAAAUGAAAAGAAUGCACGGAAAAGGUUUUUGAACAUUAAAAACUAUGAGGAAGAAAAAAAACUAAAAUCUAGAAAUGUUACUGACAAAAAUAAACAAGAUAACCUAAAUGCGUUAAACAAAAUAAAAGGUUGUCAGAUAAAGGAAAAACUAGAAAAAAUAGACUAUUUUAUUAAAGAUUUUUCUAGAGAAGAAGACAAUUUUAGCAAAGUGCACCGCAAAAGAAAUGAUAUAAGAAAAUCAGGAAAAAACGAAACUAAAAAGGAAAUUUCAAAUCAAAGUAUCGAUAAAAAUUCCAAAAUAAAGGAGAAUCUUAUCAAUUUUUUAGAAAAACACGAAAAAACAUCAAAAGAAAAAAAUUUUAUUAAUAGUCACUGCAACAGGAAAAGUUUAAGAUUUAACCCUGCGGGAAACAUAGUUGGGCAAAAGCUACUAGCAAAUCAUAAUGAAAAACAAUGUCCAAGAAAUCUUUCUAAAAAUAAAAUCAAUAAGAAGGAUAUCAGUAAAGAUGCAAUGAACAAAUCGGAAUAUAGUAGAAUUUUAAGAAACAAGAAAGUUAUUAUGACCAAAACGUCAAAUGCUAAUUUGAAAAAUGGGGAAAAAUCUUUAAGAAGACACAUUAAUAAUAAAAUCAACGUUAGUUUAAAAAAAAGUUCUAAUAUCAAAUUAAAAAACGUUCAGCAAAAGAUUACUCGAGCUUCAUACAAAAACUCUAUUACCUCCAUUAAAAAAAGCGAAGCACAGCAAAUAAAAUGUAAAAAAAAACGAAAUAACAAUAUUUCCAUAUCUUCUAAAGAAAAGUCAUUAAGUCAUAACGAUACUUCGAAGUUUCCUCCUGGUUGGCAGCGCGAAGUUUUUGAAUAUAAAAAAUCCUUAAAAAUACCUUUGAGAUUAAUUACUAUACAAGGCGGUAAGGAGUACAACUCAUCUUUUGCAACAGCAGAAAACAGAAGUAUUCUUACCAAAACGAGUACAAACGAACCAGACGUUCCACACAACGACACAACUUUGCGUGCUUCGUCAAAUUCAAUAAUCGAUAUUCUUCACUCCAGAGCAAUUAGUUUUACAAAUGGGCCUAAACGAAUAUUUAGAAAUGCAUCCUACAGAAAAACAAAAUCGGAAAAAUAUUAUUAUGCUAAUGCGACUGGCGCCCAGGAGAAGACGAAUUCAAAUCAUUUUAGUGUCUUCGAUACUGAAGUAUUGAAAGCUCGUACAAGAACCGAAUCCCGUAUUUUAAAGAAUAAGGAACACAUUAGAGAAAUUUUUGUUGGAGAGGAUCGACCAGCUUCCGCACCUCCAGGAAUAGCACUAUUUCAAGUUAAAAACGAAGGGAAUGAAAUGAGUUUUGAAGAAAAAUUCAAACAAUAUUUGGAGGAAAUUAACGCCGAUUUUGGGUUUAAAAUAAGAAAACUACGAAAUGUUGGUGUUGAGAAUAGUACACAUGAAACUUGUUUAACAGUUGAAAAUUGCAGCGUUAGUUCAAAAAAUGAAGAAAAUAUAAAAGAACCGAUUAAUGAAAUUUCAACAAAAAACAAUGAAGUACGAAAUAAUUCUGUACCUGAUAAUUUAGAAUGUGAUCAAACUUGUUCAAUGAAAUCUAAAGUGUGCAAACAAAAAAGAACCAAUAAAUAUCGCAAAAAAGGAAGUUCUGGAUUCGAUUAUAUUAAAAAAAAAAAAAAAAUAACGGCAUCUAAAACUGCAAAUUUUCUUACAAGGAAGAAAAAUUUUCCAAAAGUUUUUGGUACAAAAGUUGAAGGUGACGUUUGCAAGGAAAUUAAAAAUUGGGUGAUCAACAAAAGCUUAGGACAAAGUUAUUUGCAUAAAGCUGCACGUUUGGGGUAUUUAGAUGUGAUAGCUUAUUGCUUAGAGAGAUUGAAUAUGGACCCAAAUCCCAAAGACAAUGCGGGAUACACGCCAUUGCAUGAAGCAUGCCAACAAAAUCGCAUUGAUAUAGUGCGAUUACUUUUACAAUAUGGUGCAGAUCAUAGUCAAGCAGCUCAUUCCGGUAUAAGACCAUUGCACGAGGCUAGUGAAGCUGGUUCUGUUGAAAUUAUAAGACUAUUAUUGUCGUAUGGAGCAGAUCCUUUAUUAACGACCUAUACUGGGCAAACGCCUUUGAUGCUGGCCAAUACUGAAGAAGUUGAAAGCUUUAUUUUAAGUCAUAUUGAAGAUGUUCAAAAUAAUGUAACUUUAAAAACCCCAUGGAUGUUGCCAGGCCCGUGGAAAAAAUAUGAUAUAAAUGAAAUUGGUUUUCAUGAAUUAAAUGAUGUGCCGGUAUAUAAAUUCGAUAACUUGAAUAAAAGUAAAAAUUUCAAUUCAGGAAGCAAUUUUGGACGAAAUUUAAGAAAUGGGAAAGGUUCAGAUUCAGAAAAUAUAAUUUAUAAAGAGGAACCUCUUAACGACUUAAUAAUCGAAAAACUGGUUCAUGGUGACAGUGAAGAUCAAUUCGAAUGUGAAGAGUCAGACAUGCCUCUACCUCCUACAUAUAUGUUAAAGAAUGAAGGAUCUGAAAAAUGGUUGCUUCUGAGUGACUUAUGUCAUAUUCUUAAAAUUAAAUCAAAAGAGACACUUUUGAAACAAAUUGUAUCUACAGCCUCAUCAGCAAUUGGUACCAAGGAAUUGUUACGAGAAUUAAAAAUUACUGACUUUAUAGACAAAGCUGUUUGUUUACAGCUUCUUAAUGCAGGUGAAAAACUUAAUAUUCAAGCAUCAAAAGUAGUAUUGAUUAAAUAUAAUGAACAAGUCAAAAGUUUACUCGGAGUUGAAAGGGGUACUUUAAAUUCUUAAAAAACUAUCGUGAUAUUAAGGGUGCUUUUACAGUUAAAUGUCUCUGUAAUAAAAAGGAAAUUUUAGAAAUAUAAAGUCACUACUGUGAUAUGAGAACGAUUUUUUAUGUUAUGAAUAAUUUAAUAUUUUUAUGGAAACAUCAGGAACAUAUUUUUUUAAUGUGAAAAGUUUAACUUUAAUUUUUCCUGCAAUUUGUAAUAAUAAAACACUUAUGUAAUGUAUUAAAUAGUUAAGCUUAUUUGGACAAUUAAUAUUACUAAUAUGAACAAUCUUGUAAACAACAAAUAAAAUCGUAAGAAGGAUUUUAAAUAAAAAAAAGUGAAAAAUCGCAAAA